AUUUCCCUUCCCUUUCGACUUUCAGACGAUCUGCUCUUUUGACCGAUCAGGAAAUUAGGAAAACAAGCAACGCAUUCGCGUCUAUGAGGACAUGUUUUCUCGUUUUUCCGUCAAGCGUGUCGUUCUCAGGACAUCUGUAACCAGGAAGUAAGUUUCUGUUAGUGCUCGACCACUUGUCUGUACUAUAUGCGUUCUUUAAAAUCAGGACUGUGAGUCAGUUACGUGCGAAACGGAUCGAGUCAUGACUGACGUCGGAGCUCAGUGGACAUGGUCAUGUUGAGGCAUUGCGUGAAUGUCCUUCUGAUGUGACAUGUGCAUACUUCAGCUCAGGAUGAGUAAAGAAAUGGAGGAGCUUUCUCCCCUUGUCGAUUCGGGACACGGUGAUGGGUCUGAGGAAGAAACAGAGGAUGAUGGUGAGCCCAAAAUCUGUCAAGUAUGUGGAGACAAAUCCACAGGAUACCACUUUAAUGCCAUGACCUGUGAGGGCUGCAAAGGCUUCUUCAGGCGUGCCAUGAAGCGACCCGCACAGCUCUGCUGCCCAUUUCAGAACACCUGUGUCAUCACUAAGACCAACAGGAGACAGUGCCAGUCCUGCCGACUCCAGAAAUGCCUCUCAAUCGGCAUGAAGAGGGAAUUGAUCAUGUCGGAUGAGGCCGUGGAGAAGCGGAGGAUGCAGAUCAGGAGGAAGAAGAUGCAGGAGGAGCCUGUAACGCUCUCCCCUCAGCAGGAAGCUGUCAUACAGGAGCUGCUCACCGCACAUCAAAAGACCUUCGACAUGACUUGUGCCCACUUCAUUCAGUUCCGGCCUUUAGACCGGGAUCAGAAAUCCAAGUGCAGUCGAGAGCCAAACAGCAACAGGUUCACUUACGCAACCAUGCAUGAAGAUGCAGUGCAGCAGACCAUCAGCUUUGUCUCCCCCUCGUUCCCUUACUUCAGCAUUCAGAGUCCUGAAAGUAAAGAGAAGAAUCGCCAUAAAAGAGCCAUCUUCACCUCUCUGCCACAUUUUACAGACCUCACCACAUACAUGAUCAAGAAUGUAAUCAACUUCGCCAAGACGCUUACAAUGUUCAGGGCUCUAAUCAUAGACGACCAGAUCUCGCUGCUGAAAGGCGCCACCUUUGAGAUCAUUCUGAUCCACUUCAACAUGUUCUUUAACGAGGUGACAGGCAUCUGGGAGUGUGGCCCGCUGCAGUACUGCCUGGAUGACGCCAUGCGAGCUGGUUUCCAGCGCCAUCUGCUGGACCCUAUGAUGAACUUCCAUUACACACUGCGCAAGCUGCACUUGAGUGAAGAGGAGUAUGUGCUGAUGCAGGCCAUCUCGCUCUUCUCCCCAGAUCGCCCCGGUGUCAAACAACACAGCGUGAUCGACCGCAACCAGGAAACACUAGCUCUCACCCUGAAGACCUACAUUGAGGCCAAGAGGACCGAGCCAGAGACACAUCUGCUGUUCCCAAAGAUCAUGGCGUGCCUGACUGAGAUGAGGAGUAUGAAUGAAGAGUAUACGAAACAAGUGCUGAAAAUCCAGGACAUUCAGCCUGAAGUGUCUCCACUUUUACUGGAAAUAAUAAGCAAAGACAGCUAAGCCUUCACAGAGCAGAUGACUCAACGAACUGGCCUUGAACUCCUGAACUCGCUAUCACCAGCUGCGCUGACCUUCAUCUGAGGACACUAAGGACUGAAAUCUAGCAAAUCUAGUGAGGACAAGGACUGUGCCUGCUGAUAAUGAACUACUGAACUGCAGCACACUGCAGCUGUGAAACGCUCAUUUUAUAAGUGUGUUACUAAAUGUAAUUGUGUUUGACUUUUUCUCAUGAGCAAUCUUUUUCUGGAUCUUUUCAUGAAAGUACAAUUUCUAUGGUUCAAAAGCAGAUGUAGGAUGGCACAUAAUAUCAUAAUAUCCCUAAUAAGCUUGAAAGGUGAUGCUUUAAGAGAAAGUCAUCAUGGCAGCAUAGAUCACAAACGUAUAAAACGACAAUAUGAUACAUUUAGUCAUUUGUGCUAAUAGUCUGUCUUGACGAAUCUGUUUAUUUAUUAUAAAUUUUUAAUUGUGGUAUAAGUUAACCGCUUCAAGGUAUGCUAUGUUCAGAUUAUAUAAUAUUAAUGCCAGUGUCAUAUAGCUAUAUUUGAUUCAAAUAUUUUCCAGAUUAGAGUUAUGAAUCUCGUAAAGAACAUGUUCAGCUCUUUAUUUACUCUACAUAUUGAAAAAAAAAAAAAAAUAGGCUUUUUGUUACAUUUUUCGUAAUUAUUUUUCAUUACAGGAAUGAGUAUGGGAUUUUAUGGUAAUGUAAAAAAUAAUCUUUUUUUUUUUUUUUUUUUUUUUUUUGCAAAGUAUGUGUUUUGAAUUUGAGCAUGGAUUAUGUUCUUGUCAGGUUUUGUGAGAUUCACUCUGAUAUGUGGCUGGGUAUCAGAAGAGUUGUGCUAGCUAGUCAUUUCAUGUCUGUUGUGAAUGUUUUAGUUUAGUUAAAAAGCUUACUGUAUUUUGCGCAACAUAUGAAUGUCAACAAUUCUGAAGAAUCAGACAUUUUAGGAGGCUGCAAGAGUUCAUCACACAGACACUUUCUUAAAAAGCGAUUGCCUUUUAAAAUUCUUCACUCAGCUGUGAACGUAACCUUUUUCACUUAGUACAUUCAUGGUUUAAAGCUAAUUUACUAAACAGAUAUCAGAAAUUACAUGACAAUGUAGAGCAGAUGUUUAGGGUUCAAACUAGGAGUGCAGUAUUUUUGGAAAAAAUAUUCUUUAAUUAUUAUAAAUACAAGCAGAAUAUUCAGAUGUUUCUCUUUAAAGCACAGAUGACUUCAUAUUGGCUUCCCGUUUAGAUAAAGCAGUUAUUUGAUCCUGUCUGAUGUAUGACGAGGAAACUUGUCACAACACGAAUAAUUUCAACACAAUACUCUCAGGUUUUCUGUCUUUACAGUGAUUAUUUGCAAAGCAAGAUGUAUAUGUCCCGCUCAGGAAAAUAAAAUGUAAAAUUUUA